AAUUGCUAAUGAGCAAUGGUGAAUGUGCAUUACUUAAAUUGUGUUGUAUAUUUUCAGGUGCCAAUGAUUCUGGUUGGAAAUAAGUGCGACUUGGAGGAUGAGCGUGUGGUGGGGAAGGAGCAGGGCCAGAACUUGGCUCGACAGUGGAACCACUGUGCCUUUUUAGAGUCCUCUGCAAAGUCAAAGAUCAACGUUCUCGAUAUCUUCUAUGACCUGGUCAGACAGAUAAAUAGGAAAACACCAGUGGAAAAGAAGAAGGCAAAAAAGAAAUCCAACUGUGUCCUGCUUUAAGCCCCUCCCCCAGCGCCCUGCAGCAGCUCUGAGCCAGAAAUGCUGUAAUGAAGAACUGUUGCCCUGAUUGGAACGUGCCAGCUUUCCAAACAGCCCCGCCCUUCCCUCCAUCAGCCAUAAGUCAGUCGACCAAACUACUCCGAUUGAUCACAGACCAGGAUGAACUAAAGCAGAGAAAUGGAGAGAUUUAAGAUGGACAGUUGGGGAGAGCAGACUGGAAUCUCUCGCCUCUUUCAGGGCGUCCUUUGUGCGUCUGUGUCAACCACAAACAGGACACAAUCACUUCAACUUUCAACAUCAACCUGCCCCUAAACUAUCAAAGGUGUCUCUGAGCCACAUGUGGCUAAACAACAGCCCGUUUAUAUUUUAAUUAUAUUGACUUUUAACAGAAAAUGUGAUUAGAGGGUGUUUGAAGUAGUGUAUUAUAUGUGGGACUUGUGUAUACUUUGUGUACUAUUUUUUACAAGAAAUGGAAAACCACCAUGGCUUGAAUGGACAGUGCACUGCACACUUGCCCAGUGUUAUAUUAUACAAUUAAAGAAGGUUUUUAAAGAUUUUCUGUUUGGGGUAAUCGAUGCACUGUACUGUAAACCCAAAUACAGUACUGGUGAAGUGUGUGGUUAAAUAUAGAAUACAACUACACGUUUGUUUAGGGAAAUUAUCUGAAAUAUGCUAAAGCCCCAAGCCUAUAUCCAAGUGCCACAUAUCCUAUUUCAAAAAUCCUUGAGUCCUUAGUGAACUUUGAUCAUGGCUUUUAGUAUUUUUCACCUUUCGGAUAUCAAUAUUGUAUUUGAAAGACCUGGAAGUUAAACCUCCUUAGUUGUACGAUUAUAAAUAUUAUUCGAAAUGAGCAUGAAAAAGUACAUCAUGUGUAAAUGUCUUCAAGUGAAAUCCAGUGGAAAAGUGCAAAUUCUUUUGUAGCCAUACACCUCCUGUCCAUGCCCGCAAUGUCCGUGAUGAUAGAGCAAGGUCUAUAUUAUGUAUUAUUAUUUUGUAUGAUUUACUCUCUUGCCCUGUUUUUCAUGGACUCUUUCUGCAGAUUAUCUUUCUGAUGUGACUUAAUUUUAUACUUGGUCACUGGGAUUUCAUAGCUCCCAUAAUAUAUUCUAAUGCCAUUUUUGCAUAACAAUGCUUGAGAAAAAAUGGGUCUUUUAUAGAAGAACUAUGGGGGAAAAUAAGGAUUGAUUUCUAUGUCUCUUGAAGCUGAAAUAUAUUAUACUAAACCAACUCUAAUAAUGCUUCUUGUGUUUUUCUGUCAAUGAUGUUCCAGCUUUUAUGAAUUAUUAAAGUACAUUUUAGUACAUUUUCAUUAUAUUGGUCAAUGUAUUUUUGUGAAUUAAACUUUUAUCCAAAGCAUA